AUGGCACGCCCACGGGCACAUUCGGGGGCCGACGGCCCCAAAGAACCACACGCAGUUUCGUUAAAAGUGCUCCGGCUAUCGAGGCCGUCCUUAUCCUAUCAAAACCCUCUUCCAGCUUCGAACGCAAAGAUAUCCAGCAAGGCGUCGUUGAGUUACCCGUCCGACAGCACCGACGAUCGCUUUAUUCUUACUCCUAAUCUGACACUCCCUCCUGCUUUUGGAUCUGCCUACGUCGGAGAAACAUUCGCGUGCACCCUCAGCGCAAACAAUGAGCUCUCGGAGGAUGACCCCACGCGUGUCCUUACGUCGGUCCGUAUCGUCGCAGAAAUGCAGACCCCCUCCCAAGUCGCAUCGUUGGACCUAGAGCCCACGGAAGAUUCGUCCGCGCAGGAGGGUCUACGGAAAGGACAGUCGUUGCAAAAGAUCGUUCGCUUUGACCUCAAAGAAGAAGGGAAUCACAUCUUAGCGGUCAGCGUCAGUUACACGGAAACUCUAAUCGGCUCCGACUCGCAAGCGGCCAGCGGGCGAGUGAGGACAUUCCGUAAGCUAUACCAGUUCGUUGCACAGCCCUGCCUGAGCGUGCGAACGAAGUCGUCCGAAUUGGCGCCGUUGGAGGUUGAAAACAAAACUCUGGGGCCCUACGGGAAAACUCGAUUGCUCCGGUUCGCUCUCGAGGCACAGUUAGAGAAUGUGGGCGACGGCGCCGUGGUAGUUAAGCACACGAAACUCAACCCGAAACCCCCAUUCAAGGCGAUUUCCUUGAACUGGGAUCUGGAGCGGCCAGAUGAAUCCGAUGUGCAGCCACCACCUUCCUUGAAUCCACGCGAUGUUCUGCAGGUUGCGUUUCUCGUUGAACAGGAAGAAGGACAGCAGGAAGGAUUGGAGUCUUUGCAGAAGGAUUUGAAACGGGACGGGCGAGCCGUACUUGGACAGCUAUCUAUAGAGUGGAGGGGGCCCAUGGGGGAUAAAGGAUUCUUGACCACCGGUAACCUACUCACGCGACGACGAACAUGA